AUGAAUCGCUUGAUCGCGCUUUAUAAACACUGCUGGAGUUCAUGGCCUGGUUCUGCGAAAUGGUGCAUGAGACUUACCUUUGCGCUGGUCAUGAGCAGUUUGGCAGGCCACUUGUGCUUUGUGGCCGGCCCUAUGUUUGAGGCAACCACGAACCAGGCAGAGAUUGAGCUGUUCGGCAUCACACGCUUCAUCUUAGUGAUCCCACUAGCACUGUUCGUGCUAUAUCACUUCUUUGAGUCGGCGAAGCCCUCCCCUAACUACACAGCUUUGACGAUGGCCCGAAUAUCAAUUUUCGAGUUUGCCAUCACGAUCAUUUACUACACAGUGAUGGCAACAAACGCUGGGCUAGUUGCGCAAAAUGUUCGUUCCUAUGAUUUGCGCCCAGUUUACCUGCCUCGCUGGUACGGAUGGACGCUUGCCAUCCCGACUUUGCUGUGUAUGAAUUAUCGCCCGAUGCUUGAUGACCGCUCCUUUAUGCACGUUGUCAAGCGCACCUUCCCACAGCAAGCAGCAAGUGCCGGAUAUUGCUGGGCCGCUUACAUGGGUUGCGUGAUCACGGAUGCCUGGUAUGGAUGGUAUCUCAACACGUUGGCAAUUGUGGCUUACUUAGCCGUUGUUGUCGACACCGUGGUGCUGACGGCAGAGCGAAUUGUGUACACCAGUCAGCCUAUUUUGAAAGGCUACAGCGUCAUCAUCAAAGAAUGUGUUUUCGUCAUAUACGCAUGUGUCUGGCUCAUGGGCAACUGGGGCUAUGCCAGCUCCUAUGCCUGCCAAAGGUUUUAUGCAGUCUCCGAUGUUAGCCUGAAGUCGACCAUGGCCUUUUUGAUGUUCUUUUUCUGGGCCAACGAGGAGGCAGACACCACUCAGAAGGUGGCAGAUGUCAACAAGGACAAGACAAGUUGA